GCAGAGGCUCCGUGAGGAGGGAAAGCAGCUUCCGUGCACCCAGACCGGCCUCGGCCCAGCAGAUGAACUUGGCUCGCAGCCCUCUCCCCAGGGACCCCCCAUGUGUCCAGCGAGAGUUCCUGUACCCCAAGCUGCAUCUGGGGCUCCCCGGUUUCUCUCCUCGCCCCUACCAUCAGCUGGUCCUGCGGGGGCCGCCCUGCACCAGCAUCAAGAGCCAGGUCCGCCAGUGCCUUCGUCGGCACUGGCAGGAAGAGCCCGGCCGGGCCACGACGGGCAACCCCACGUGGCUGGAUCGCCGCCUCCUGCCCCCCAUCUCCCCGGCCCAGCCCAACUGGCUCCGUGACGGCAAGGGGCCAAACUGCCUGCAGGGUGGGGCCGGGAGCUGCGGGGCAGUCAGCGGGGAGGGCACCCCCCCGGCCCGGGUCGCCGUGCCUCCCCCUUCCCGGCUAGCGCCCCACACCUACCUGCAGUUCAUCGCCACCCAGCCCCUCUUCCUGGACCCCAAGAGGAAGGAGCAGGUGGUGACGCAGAUGCUGCAGGAGCUGCGGGAGGCCGAGAAACUCAAACUGAGGACGGCGGGGAGGGUGCCCCCGCUGGACCCCAAGGGCCGCAACCGGCAGCCCGGGAACUGCAGGCGGGACCCGUUCCAGGAGGUGUCGGUCAGCAGCCAGCGUGGACCACCGGGCCUCCAGCUGCAGCCCACCCGGCUCCCCGGCCUGGCGUCCGACCGCAGCACGAGGCAGAAACCAGCGCGACAGCAGAGCAUCCCCUGGAGCUCGGUCGUAGUGUGGCACUACCCGUUGCUGGCCCGCAACCGGAUGGCUUCCCGUGUGGCGGCCGCUCGGUUGGGCGGCCGGGCCCGGGGGGCUGGGCGGAAAGGGGGCCCAGGACAGCCUAGUGCCACCAAGCCUCCAUCCCCCAAGGCCCUCCACACCCUGGAGAGCCUGGGACCCGCAAAUGACUCCUGAUCUCUUUGAUCUCCCUGCCUCCGGGCCAGGACCAGAGAGAGUGAAGUUAGGGGGGCUGCCAGGGAUCAUUUCCAACUUGGCCUGGCCUGGAACUGGGGGUACACGUGGGGCAAGAGGAAGAGUCCGCUCCUACCGCCCGCCCCCAGCCCCGCCCCUCAGUUGGUAGAUAAAGGCUGGAUGAGGUGUAA